CGGUCAAGUCAGUCUUUACACAGCAGAACAAGAGCGAUUACAUUCACUCUACUCGCGGUAUCUCAGACGACGACACAAUGUUUAUUGCCUUGCUGGUUUUGGGUGGAGUUGUGGGAGCUGCUUAUGUUUUCCGUCAGGUCGUGGUCAAGGGGAAGCGGUGCACGAGCGAAGCAAAGCUGCACGGCAGGACUGUGAUCGUGACCGGUAGCAACACGGGCAUUGGGAAAACUACAGCAGUAGACCUGGCUAAAAGAGGAGCCCGAGUUAUUCUGGCUUGUCGUAAUCGUCAGAGAGGAGAGGCUGCUCUUGCUCAUGUCAAACAGGAGAGUGGGAGUAAUCAGGUUGUGUUCAUGCAGUUGGAUCUGGGGAAUCUUAAGUCUGUUCGCAGCUUUGCCGAAACAUUCUUGAGAAAUGAACCCAGACUGGACAUUCUCAUCAACAAUGCAGGAAUUUAUAUGGCGGGUCGAACGGAGGAUGGUUUAGGCAUGAUGUUUGGCAUCAAUCACGUUGGUCACUUCCUCUUAACCAACCUAUUGAUGGACAGGCUGAAGGAGUGUGAAGCAAGUCGAGUGGUCAACGUGUCAUCAUUGGGACAUAACUUUGGAAAAAUCGACUUUGAAUGUCUAAAUAAACACAAAGCUCUGGGACUGGGGACUUCAUUCAUGGAGGUAUUGCAGGCCUAUUGUAACAGCAAACUAUGCAAUGUCCUCUUCACCCAUGAGUUAGCCAAGAGACUGCAAGGAACCAAAGUCACAUGCUACUCCCUCCAUCCAGGCAGUAUCAACUCUGAGUUGGCCAGGAACACCAACUCAUUGUUUCAGCUCCUCUUGAAGCCCAUCACUGCCCUUUUCUUCAAAAACACUGUCCAGGGAUGCCAGACCACUCUUCACUGUGCUCUGCAGGAGGGAAUUGAACAUCUCAGUGGACGUUACUUCUCCAACUGUACUGUGCAAGAAGUCUAUUCUAAAGCAAAGGAUGAUGCUGCAGCUAAGAAGCUGUGGGAAAUCAGUGAGCGAAUGUGUGGCCUUGCAUGAAUGAAUUCACAAUUGAUUUUAGUUGAAUGCAAUUAAAGCUCAUAACUUUG